AUGGUUCUGGCAUCAGUCCUCUUACAUCGGGCAUUAAAAUUGGAAGGAGAAGUGAAACAGCUAUGGUUUGUUCUGAAUGGCGUGCCCAUCAGAUAUUCGAUCACCGAGCAUGCGAUUAUCUGCGGCCUAAAUUGUGAAAAGUAUCCACAAGACUGGGCUAAAUGUAAGGGAACCCAGUUUCGGAUGAAAAUGUUUGGACAUUCAAAGGUGACAACAUCCGAAGCGAUAAAGAAGCUGUAUGCCACUCCAACCAAAGAUGUGGAGGACAGGAGAAGAUUAGCAAUAAUCAUAUUGCUAGGUGGAGUAUUAGACCAUGGAAUCAAGAACAAUGAUGUGAUUCCAAAUGAUGCAGUUGACAUGGUCAACAAUCUGGAAUUUUGUGAAGGGUUUCCUUGGGGGAGAUACACUUUCGAAAGAAAAAUCGAUCAUAUACUGAAGUUGUAUGUAAACAAUCCUACACCGAGGGCUCAGUGA